AUGCUGCACCAUUCCAACCGAUCCGUCUAUCCGCCUUUCAUUCGUCGACCACAUGUCUCUGAACAUUACCUCGCCUAUUGUCCGAACGAUGAGAGUGCAGCACCUGUUGAGCACCCAACUCUCCUUUCUCUUUCCGACUCAGACGAGUACAGAAGCUUGAACCUAGAUGAUGACAGCCUUGAGGGCGAGACUCUGGUAGAAGUCCCCUCUCCUCGAACUCCAUAUUUUGGGCCCAGAACCACCACUACUCGCGGCUUUACCUCUGAUGGUCUCCCAAACAUCGACAGUGAUGGGUUCUCGUCAACCUUUUGGAACAUACCACCAGAAGAGCGCGCUCUCAUGACCAACAGCGCCAACUUUGCUCGUGACCGCCGCCAGUGUCGUGGUGCCAUCCAAUCUGACACUCCUUUGGAGCCUGAUCCUUCUUCGCCAUUGUCAUCAACCCCUUCCUCCAACUUGUCUCCGCCUGCCUCUCCUCUUGGAUCUUCCUGGUCUGAGGAUCCUCGCGACGACAGCGAUGAUGGUAUGGCUCCAGUCUCUGCUUCUCCUGCCGCCCCUGAUGACUCCCUGACACCCCCUCGUGGUCGUCUAUAA